CAAAUUGCAUGGGGAACGAUCACCGACAGAAACUUAUAACAAUGAUCCCUACAAGAAUUAUGAUUGGCCAGGGGGAUUAGGAUUCUUAACUAACCGUGGUAAAAUGCAAAUGUAUACACUAGGACAACAACUUCGAGAACGUUAUUCUGAUUAUCUGCCUGAGUAUUAUUUGCCUGAAGAGGUCUUAACUUACAGCAGUUACUCAGAUAGGUGUCUUAUAAGUGCUGAACUGUUAUUGGCCGGGUUGUACCCACCAGUGGGGCAGCAAAUUUGGAAUCCUGAUCUUUUAUGGCAACCUAUACCUGUACAUUACAAUCCUAGAAACCUAGAUAACAUAAUAGCCAUGAAACAGCCCUGUAAAAAAUAUAAGGAAGCCUUUAAUGAGAUUUCAGCUGUUAGAUUAAACGAGAGCAUUAAAAAAUAUCCAGAUAUCUAUCGGUAUCUUACAGAACACACAGGCAGUGAAAUUAAAACCAUUGGAGACAUCGAGUUUUUAUACAGUACGUUAGAAAUAGAAGAUUUAAAUAAUUUAACAUUGCCUAAUUGGACGAAAAGAUAUUAUCCUGAACCAAUGAAAACACUUACAGCAGAAUCCUUAGCUUUAUACUCAUAUACGCCACUAUUAAAGAGACUGUCUGGAGGAGUUUUCUUGAAGAAUGUUACAGACAAUAUGCUGCAAAAAGUAGAAAACAAUACUACAAAUAAACUAAUAUUAUUCUCUGGACACGAUUUAACUGUUGUAAAUGUUAUGCGUUCAUUGGGUUUAGAUGAACUUCUCAAACCAGAAUUUGCAGCAACGAUCAUUUUUGAACUACAUAAGGAACGCGAAGUUAAAGUUUUGUAUAAGAAAAAUGUGAAUGACGAUUUUAAUGAAAUGUCUAUUCCUGGAUGCCAAAGCUCUUGUGAAUUAAGUAAUCUUGUAAAAGUAUUAGAUCCCGUCUUACCAAAAAAUUGGAAUGAGGAAUGCAUAAAAAAUGUGAUAGUUUAAUCUUUAUUUUUAGGUAUGUGUUAUUAUUAUUUCAAUAAAGAAAUAUGAGGCGUAUUUAUGAUUAAGUAGAGUAUUAACUUGUUA